UUUGAUGUGUUAUUGCAACUUUUCACUUACUUCUAUGUAUCAUGUGUGCAUUGCAGAUUCCAACGGACUUGCACCCAGUGACCAAAAAAUCGGCUUUGGAGACUGUGUUGACGAUUUUACAUGCAGGUGGCAAAUUUGGUGGUUUAAGUAGUGGUUACAGUGUCUCAGGUGGACUACAUGGCGUGGGUUUGUCCGUUGUGAAUGCGUUAUCUGAGUUAUUAGAAGUUAUUGUUUGGCGUGAUGGGAAGGAAUACCAACAAAAAUAUUCCCGUGGAAAGCCUGUAACAACUUUAAUAUGUCAUGAGCUUCCAGAUGAAUCAAAAGAUCGUCAAGGGACACACAUUAAGUUUUGGCCUGACAAAGAAAUAUUCACUACUGCAAUUCAGUUUGAUUACCCCACCAUUGCUGGACGAAUUAGGGAGCUGGCAUUUUUAAACCCUGAGCUUGCUAUUGUUCUUAAGAAAGAGGAUACAGAUCCAGAGAAGUGCCAGUUCAAUGAAUACUGCUAUGCUGGGGGAUUGGUUGAGUAUGUGAGGUGGCUAAAUACUGACAAGAAACCACUUCAUGAUAUUGUGGGUUUCAGAAAACAAGCAGAUGGGAUCACAAUUGAUGUUGCUUUACAAUGGUGUUCUGAUGCAUAUUCGGAUACCAUGCUGGGAUAUGCUAAUAGCAUACGUACAAUUGAUGGUGGUACUCACAUAGAUGGAAUGAAGGCUUCGUUAACAAGAACUCUCAACAACCUUGGGAAGAAAUCAAAAAUUCUCAAGGUGGUGCUUCCAUGGUUGAGUACUAAGAAAUGGACACGUGACAUGACACAAACACCACCCGGAUAA